CGCGGCGCGGGCAGUCCUGUCGAGGGGCUGCGAGGAGGCCGGGGUGCUGACCGCGGCGCCAUGGAGGACGAGCAGCCCGACAGCUUGGAGGGAUGGGUGCCGGUCCGCGAGGACCUGUUCGCCGAGCCCGAGCGGCACCAGCUGCGCUUCCUCGUGGCCUGGAACGACGCGGAGGGCAAGUUCGCGGUGACCUGUCACGACCGCACAGCGCAGCGGCAGCGGCGGCGCGAGGGGAGCCGGCCGGGGUCUCCGCCCAGCUGGGCCGGCCUGCUGUCGGCCGCCGGGCUCCGCGGCGCGCACCGGCAGCUGACGGCGCUGUGGCCGCCGCUGGAGUGCUACUUCCCGCCGCUGCCACCGGAGCUGGAAGCGGGCGGCGGCGCCUGGGGCUUGUGGGCGUUCGUGUGGCCGACGCGCGCGGGCCCCGGGGAGGCGGCGCUGCAGGAGCUGUGCGCGCGGCUGGAGCGCUACCUGGGCCUGGCGGCCGACGGCUGCGGCGGCGCGGCCGUGCGUGACGCGCUACUUCCGGCCGACGGCGGCGCGCCCGACUGCGAGAGCCCGCGCGCCUUCCGGGAGCGCGCCCUGCGCGCGCGGCGGGCCGAGGCGGGUGCACGGUUGCGCCAGAUUCUUCAAGGCCAUGAAAGAGCCAACACCAUGGUAGCAUUAAUGGAAGUUUAUCGAGAAGAAGAUGAAGCCUAUCAGGAGUUCGUUACCGUGGCAACCAUGUUCUACCAGUAUUUGCUGAAGCCAUUUAGAGAUAUGCGAGAAGUUGCAACUUCAUGUAAGCUUGAUAUUUGGAAAUCCUUGGAUGAGGAUGAUCUGGGUCCUAAAAGGAUAGUGGCCCUGAAGAAGGAAGCUCAAGAAUGGACCAGACAGGCUGAAGAAGCUAUAGUCUCUAUUCAGGAUAUAACAGUGAAUUAUUUUAAAGAAACAGUAAAAGCAUUAGCAGGGAUGCAGAAACAAAUGGAACAGGAUGAGAAGAGAUUUGGCCAGGCUGCCUGGGCCACAGCAACUCCCAGGUUAGAAAGACUCAAGCUGAUGUUAGCUCGGGAGACACUGCAGCUCAUGAGAGCCAAAGAGUUGUGUUUAAAUCACAAAAGAGCUGAAAUUCAGGGAAAGAUGGAAGAUCUUCCAGAACAAGAAAAAUAUAUAGAUGUUGUAGACAAACUAGAAAUACAAUAUUAUGAAGUUCAACUAGAACUAUAUGAGGUUAAAUUCGAGAUAUUAAAAUAUGAAGAAAUACUACUUAUUACACAGUUGGACUCUAUUAAAAGACUUAUCAAAGAUAAACAGGAUGAAGUUAUCUAUUAUGACCCGUGUGAAAGUCCAGCAGAACUCGAAGUCAUUGAUCAUGUGAUGGGGCUGCAGAGCGGUAAGAGUCUGCAGAUGAAAGAGCUCAGCCGGCAGUGUCAGCAGCUGGAGCACCAGCGGGGCAGGAUCUGCGCCAGAAGAGCCCAUCUCAGGAGCAGAAAGGAUCAAUGCAAAGAAAAUCAUCGGCUCCGGUUGCAAAAGGCUGAAGAAAGUGUAAAAUAUUUUCAUCAGCACCAUAAUAUUCAGAUGAAAAGAGACAAGAUAAAAGAAGAGGAGCAAAAGAAAAAAGAAUGGAUAAACCAAGAACGCCAGAAGACACUGCAACGACUGAGAGCAUUUAAAGAGAGAUGUCAAGGUGGGUCUGUGCCAAAGACCCCUGGCCCAGCACCUGAGGCUGCACACCUGCCAGGCGCACUUCCUCAGCAGACCCCGCGGACUUCUCAGACGGAGACAGUGACCCACCCCUCCUCCAGGAGACCCAGGAGUGCUCCCUCUGCCGUCAGCAGUGUGAGAGCCCCCGAGAUUCAAGACUGUCCUGGGAACACCCCUGUCCAGAGUUUUGUUCCAGGUGGAGACCAAACACACUCCAAAUCCAGGGAGGAAUUGUCACUGCAGCCACCACUUCCUCCCGCUCCCCCUCCUCCCCCUCCUCCGCCUCCUCCGCCUCCACCACCACCACCACCGCCGCCUCUACCUGCGUCCUCCUUUUCUUCUCAAUCUGCAAAUCAUCAGAAUUUACUUGUGAGGACUUCAGUCAAAGAUGAUCAGCCACUUCCUCUAGUGUGUGAGUCACCUGCUGAAAGACCGUGUGAUUCCUCAGGCAGUUCUGAAUGUCCAGGGUCUAUGGAUGCAGUGCUGGCCGCAUUGAGGAGUGGCAGAACCCCUCUCCGCAAGGUCGAAGAGCCCCCCGUGGCCCCUCCCCGCGCCUCCGUCAACGAGCACAUCCUGGCUGCCAUAAGGCAGGGUGUCAAACUGAAGAAAGUCCACCCUGACCCUGGCCUGAGCCCCAGCAGUAAACCAACCAGCGACCUGGAGAGGAGCAUCAAGGCUGCCCUCCAGAGAAUCAAGAAGGUGUCUGCCGACUCGGAGGAGGAGGAGGAGGAGGAGGACGAGGACGACGACAGCCUCGGGGAGUGGAACCACUAAGCUCUUCCCAAGGCCAAGGGCACUGCAGUGUGCUGGAGUGAAGCCACGGGGGCCCAAGGCCUCUUGAAAAGCAUGUGAACAGGGUAGACUGGCCAUAUGACACCCGGAAGGUCGGGAGGACUGUGUGAUAUUACAGCUGUUAUUUAUGUUGUGGCUCCUAAAACCUGGAAGUGGGGGGGGGGCUUGCACACACCAGACUGUAGUUGAGAUCUAAGAACCCACAGAAUAGUAUUUAUUUUCACGUGGACGUGCUAGAAUCAUUCCCUUAUUCUGAAGACGUUUACACGACAAUGGUAUGUGGUAAGCAGCACUCUAGACUACUGACCGUGUCCUGUGUGUGCAUAGGGUUCCUCAGACUUGAAGGUUUGAAUGUGAACAUUAUGUUAGCAAUAAUCAAUGAAUUGCUGAUAUUCAGGACGUAUUUUAAAUGAAAUGUAUUUUAUGUAUUGAACACUCUGUAAACUCAUAAUAAAGAACUAACACAUCAGUGUCACC